UUGCAAAUUUCCUUCGAGCAUUGCUAGCAAUGUGAAGUAUACCUCCGUCAACCUCAGGCGAAGGUCAGUCUGAAAGUGCAACCAUACAAUUGUCACACUCCGAGCACCUUUGGUUCUAGAUGUAUAUGCGAUUAUUCAUCGACAUCAGUGGUCGUAGUAUAUUUAUUGAACAAUAGAGCCCAGCUAGUACCUUUUCUUUCAUGGCCAAGGGUUUAAUGUUGACUUGUGACACCUACCUUGGACACCAAACGAAAGAACAAAGGCGCAAGGUCAAAGGCCAAACCGGAUUACCGGAACGUCCAAGCUCCUACUAAUGAAAGGGAUAAAGACAAAUGCACAAGUUUAGCCACUCGAUCUCAACAUCCGUUCCCAACUAAACCACUCUCCCUGCAUUCAUCUAGAGAUGGUCGCUUUAACCCGCGCCCAAGCUAAGCGUGCAGCUGCAGCUGCAUCUACGUCUACCACAGCCGCGGCUGACAGCCAAACACCGACCAAAAAACUUGGUCUUCGCAACCAUGUGAUUAGUAGUCGAACUAAAACCUCGGGUACACCAGGAGCAGGCUCCAGUCAAUGUCCUACCAAGCAAGGCCCGCUGGCAAGCAAGAAGAAAACGCCGCGCAGACCCGCCACUCCCGCCUUUACAGCAGUAGAGUCUUCGACGGAACCUAUUCAACACCCAAAGACACUAGAGAGCGAGACUAUAACUCACAUCCCUACCGAAACCCACCCGUUCGCAGAACCAGACGACGCCGAGCCUUUUGGUUCAGAGAUAGGCUGGGUCCGGAUCGGUAACUCGUUGCGUCGAGAAUCAGUCUUGCCGGAGGGGGUGAUGUCGCAGAUCCAAGCGCAACAACAGGCAAAACUUACCCAUCUUGCGGACGAAGCUUAUAAGGAACAAACCACGGAGAUGAUGCAGCAGCAUAACCUUACCUACCAGUGGUAUGAUAGGAUGAUGACCGAAGGCCUUCAGAACGGUCAAGGGUCGAAUGGUUCCGUGAUGGUUAUGGGAGACACGAGUGAUAUCGCGAUGAAGGAUGAUCAUGAUUUAGUAGGGGGCUUCAACGGCAACUCCGACGAGAAGGAUUGCGAGAUGGAAAUUCCAUACUAUCUGGCAAUAGAGAGCGAUACGGCGGAAGCAUCGAGCUUUGACGAUACGAUGUCCGGUGCAGAGUCGGACUGCUUGAACGUGGUCCUUUUCGGGAAGAAGCAGCUGCAGCCUUGCCCUCCCGGUGUCCGAUACUCGUUGUUAUCCACGCCAACGGAGAUUAUUCCGCAGUACUGACAAGUACUCAUGCAGAGGUGGAUUUCAGAACUUUCUGGUCUCCACAAGUAUGCGAUUUUUGAAACCAAUGCCAUGUUGAAUUUAUGCCGCUUAUGCACACUGUAUCCUGUAAUACUCCAGUUGAUAAUAUCCAUUUAGAAGUAUGAUAUCAUUCUUACUGAUCAUUUUCCAGUC